AUGCACUUCUCUCAGAGGCAUAUUUCUGUUAAUAUUAAUGUUAGGGAGCAAGAGUCGUCAUGGACCUUUACAAGGUUUUAUGGUAAUCCUAACCGGGCCCUCCGUGAAGACUCAUGGUCUCUUCUUUCCUAUUUGAGUUCACUGAGUAAAGGCGCAUGGUUAUGCAUGGGAGACUUCAAUGAAAUUGUUGAUCUCAGUGAAAAAUAUGGAGGUGCAGUGAGAAAUGAAGAUCAAAUGGAACGGUUUCGGUCUACCCUUGAAGAGUGUAAUAUGGGAGACUUGGGUUACAAAGGGUCAAAAUACACCUGGGUUAAUAAUAUAGAGUCUGCCGAGUUCAUUAAGGAGAGGCUGGACCGGGCAAUUGCAACCCCGAGCUGGUGUGAAGCCUUCCCGAAUGCAAUUGUUAAAGUUCUCCCUGUAAGUAAUUCAGAUCAUAAGCCGUUAUUGUUGACUUUUGAUGUGACCUACAAAAAACCUCCUCGACUCUUUAGAUAUGAAGCAAAGUGGAAUUUGGAUGAGGAUUGUCACAAGGUGAUCCAGCAGACUUGGAAUGAGAAUGUUUCGAGUGGGAACUCCAUGACAGAUGUGCUUCAAAGUCUUAAUAAAAGUAAGGCUUCACUCAAUGGCUGGAGAAGGGCUAAAUUUGGUUCCACAACCAGAACCAUUAAUUCCCUAAACACUAGACUAGAAAGGUUACAGAGGCAGGAGCUCCCAAGGAUUUUGGCUACCAUUAAACGGGUUCAAGGAGAUCUCAAUAAACUUCUUGACAUGGAGGAUAUGAAAUGGCGCCAACGCACAAAAAGAAACUGGUUUAAUAAUGGGGAUCGCAAUACGGAGUACUUCCAUGCUUGGGCCUAUCAACGUCAUCGAUCUAAUUUUAUUGGAUCAAUACAAGACUUGGAAGGGCAUGUAUGGAACCAGCCAGAAGAAGUGGGGCGAGCUUUUACCCGGUUUUUCAAAAUCUCUUCAAAUCCGAGGGAGUGGAAGUUAUGGUUUUACUCUUCCUUGUACUACCGAAGUCAAAAUGGUGAUUUGAAGGCAUAUGAUAGGGUGGAGUGGCCUUUUCUUGAGGCUAUGAUGCGGACUAUGGGAUUUGAAGAAAUAUGGAUUUCCCUCAUUAUGGAUUGUGUUAGAAGUGUGACUUAUUCAGUCUUGGUUAAUGGCCAGUCGUAUGGGAAGAUCUCUCCCUCUUGUGGGUUGCGUCCAGGGGACCUUUUGUCACCCUAUCUAUUUUUAAUUGUAGCGGAGGGAUUGAGCUCUUUAAUGGCAAAAGCAGAAGCAGAAAAGCACAUUACUGGAGUUCCAAUUGCAGUAAGUGGUUUUCAGUUGAGCCACUUAUUUUUUGCGAAUGAUUCACUCCUCUUAUGCAGGGCAAAUUUUAUGGAAUGGAUAAACCUUUUUCAAGUGUUACAAACCUAUGAAAAAGCUUCAGGUCAGCAACUGAAUGCGGCAAAAACCUUCAUUUUCUUUAGUAGAAACACUCGAGCAGAAUUUCAAGGUUUUAUCCGGAAUACAGCAGGGGCUACUAUUACAACUAGAUUUGAGAAAUACCUGGGCCUUCCAGCAAUGGUGGACAGAUCAAAGAGGCAAACCUUUGCUAGUAUUUGUGGUAAGGUGAAGGCUAAAGUGGAUGGGUGGAAGGAGAAGUUCCUUUCCCAGGUGGUAAAGGAAAUUUUAAUAAAAGCGGUAGUCCAAGCUUUACCUACUUAUUGCAUGAGUGUGUUCUGGCAGCUGCAAUCUUUAUGCAAGUCCCUCAAUUCUAUCAUGAGCCGGUUUUGGUGGGGUCAUAAAUCCAAUCAAGGGCGAGUCCAUUGGAUGAGGUGGGAGCGACUGGGUACUCCAAAAAAUAGGGGAGUAAUGGGAUUUAGAGACCUAGAGAUAUUUAAUUUGGCUUUGCUCGCAAAACAAGGUUGGCGUUCACUCUCUAAUCCUUCUACUUUAGUGGCACAUAUAAUGAAAGAAAAGUACUACCCACGGGUAGAUUUUAUGGAGGCUCAGUUAGGAAGAAGGCCUUCCUUUGUUUGGAGUAGUAUUAUAAAGGCAAGGCCUCUUGUGCAAAAUGGGUGGGGUGGAGAGGUAAGUUUGUUGAUUGAUCCUUUAACUAGAUGGUGGAACUUAGACCUGGUGCGUGAUAUCUUUGAUCCUAGAGAAGCGGCGAGAAUUGGAAGUGUUAUGCUUAGCCCUUUGAACCAGAAGGAUAAGCUUAUUUGGAGAGGUACAACAAUAGGUACUUUUACUGUGAGAAAUGCCAAUCACAUGGCAAUGAAUAGGCUGGCUCAAAGUAAAGGAGAGGGGUCGGGUGCUAACAACCAUGUGGAGGUUAUGGCUGCAGCUAAAGCAUCUGUGGAAGGAUUUAAUCUUGCAACCAACAGUGCUGAAGCUUCUCCUAGAGCCAUGCAAUUGCCUCAACCAAAGUGGAAAAAGGCCCAGGAAAGUACUUGGAAGAUCAACUAG